ACCACAAGAUCCCACAGUGACAUAACUCCAUGCAGAGUCUGGCGUGACUGGGCUGCGUCUCCCCCCUUCAGCUCUUGUAUCACCAAGAAUCUGGCAGCCAGUUCCGCCCUGACAGAGUUCACAGCAUAUAUUGGUGGAUUCUUGUCCAUACUGCAUCUGCUUUAAGAAUUAACGAAAGCAGAGUCAAGACUGUAAGGAUUCAAAGCAUUCGCCAAAAAUGAAUCUCGGUGCAUUUACUCUGCUAUUAGCACUAAUCAUUGGUGCCAGCGGCCAAUACUAUGAUGAUUAUGAUUUUCCCCUAUCAAUGUAUGGGCAAUUAUCUCCAAACUGUGCCCCAGAAUGUAACUGCCCUGCAAGCUACCCAUCGGCCAUGUACUGUGAUGAGCUGAAAUUGAAAAGUGUGCCAAUGGUGCCUCCUGGAAUCAAGUACCUUUACCUGAGGCAUAACCAGAUUGACCAUAUUGAUGAAAAGGCCUUUGAAAAUGUAACCGAUCUACAGUGGCUCAUUCUAGAUCAUAACCUUCUAGAAAAUUCUAAAUUAAAAGGAAUCUUCUCUAAACUGAAACAACUGAAGAAGCUGCAUAUAAAUUACAACAACCUGACAGAAUCUGUGGGCCCACUUCCCAAAUCUCUGGAGGACCUGCAGCUUAGUCAUAACAAGAUCACAAAGCUCGGCUCUUUCGAUGGACUGGUGAACCUGACCUUCAUCCAUCUUCAGCACAAUCAGCUGAAAGAUAUUUCAGCUUCUUUUAAAGGUCUUAAGUCACUUGAGUACCUUGACUUGAGCUCCAAUCAGCUGACCAAACUGCCUUCUGGUCUCCCAACGUCUCUUCUAACUCUCUACUUAGACAACAAUAAGAUCAGCAACAUCCCUGAUGAAUAUUUCAAGCGUUUUAAGGGACUGCAGUAUCUGCGUUUAUCUCAUAAUGAAUUGGCCGAUAGUGGAAUACCUGGAAAUUCUUUUAAUAUAUCAUCUCUGCUAGAGCUGGAUCUCUCCUAUAAUAAGCUAAAAAACAUACCCACUGUCAAUGAACACCUUGAAAACUAUUACCUGGAGGUCAAUCAACUUGAAAAGCUUGAAGUAAAGAGCUUCUGUAAGAUCCUGGGACCAUUAUCCUACUCCAAGAUCAAGCAUUUGCGCUUGGAUGGCAACCGUAAUAUCACCCAAACUAGUCUGCCACCUAAUAUGUAUGAAUGUCUACGUGUAGCAAAUGAAAUCACUAUCACUAAUAAUUAAUUUCAAUUAUAUUGAGGUGUAUCCUGGAGCAACAUCUUAUGCUUGUAUUUUUGUGUGUUGGUUUUCAUAGUGUUCAUUUUUGUUGUUGUUUAUUACUUCCAUGAAUUUUAAAUUCUGAGAGAAAAUGUUUUGUAAACAUUUUACUACUUUUUAACAAAGAAAAGAUGAAAAGCAGGCCUAUUUCAUCACAAGCACGACACAUACUCACACAUAUACAACAAACAAUGCGUUAAUUGUAAAUUUAGUGCUUUUUACAUCUCACUGUCAAAUGAUGUGCAAAGCCUUUUACUGUUUGCAUGGAAGUCAGCCGAGUUUUAUAAUCUCUAAAUGUUAACUUAAUGUGCCCAAAAGUAUGGAAUACAUAAAUAUGGAUGUUUACUGUCUUUAAUCAAAUUAUCUUAAUAUGCUCAAAUUUGUUCAGCUGAAAAGCAGGUGGUAAAUUUUGAGACCAAUGAUUUUGUGAAAUAUUAAACAAAAUUCAUGAAGCCACAUACAUUUAAA